AUGAGCGGUCAACGAUGUCCCAAUGACAAUCAAAUCAGAGAUCAAAUUGUAAUUGUCACAGGCGCCAAUACGGGAAUUGGUUUUGAAAUUGCAAAAGCAUUGGCCGGUCGCGGAGGACGUGUCAUAUUGGCAUGUCGCAAUAUGGAAGCUGCUGAAAAGGCAGCUGCAAUUAUAAAACGUGAACUUAGCUGUCAGGUAUUGAAGGACGCACAAAAGACUGCAACAAACACAAACGGCGGCACAAAGGACCCGUCAUCGUCAAGCGGUAAUAAUGACACUGAAGCUAAUGUUAAUGGAAACGAUACUGCCGAUGGUGGCAGUAGUGGCGGUGGUGGAGAUGUCGAUGGCAGCAGUGGUGGUGCUGCUGGUAAUAUGUUCUUUGUGGAAGCUCGUUACUUGGAUUUACGUUCGUUCGAUAACGUUCGACGUUUUGCACGCAAAAUAAUGGCAGAGUUCGAACGCGUUGAUGUACUCAUCAACAAUGCCGGCAUCAUUUUCGAUCCGGUGAAAACCAAUACCACAGAUGGUUUCGAACAGCAUCUACAAGUCAAUUAUAUGGCACCGUUUUUAUUGUCGCAUUUGCUCCUGCCACACCUGAAGAAAUCGGAAAAUGGACGCAUAAUAAAUGUAUCGGCACAUGCUCAUGCCUCGGCGAAAAUGGAUUUUGAUGAUCCAUUGAAUGUGGGUACAUGGGCGACCAAAUUUCAUCCACGUGAUGCUUUUUCCCACUCCAAGUUGGCUGUCAUUUUGGCAACACGAUGGAUGGCAAAGGAAUUGAAAG